UUUCUUUGUGAUGGAUGAUUCAAAAAUGGAUACUGAUGAUUAUGUACACGAAAAUAAUAAAGUAUUCGAUAUUUUAUUCCAAAAUAUCAAAGCUUUUGAGCUGGAAGAAAUCAGAGGAUUUUUUGAACGAUUUGGUUGUUUUGAUGUAAAGUCAGCUGGAGAUGAAACUGGUUAUCGGUUUGUUAAAUUUAGGAGUUACGAUGAUGCUAAAAGAGCAUUUGAAGCAUACAAGGAGAAUGAAAACUUCAAAUUUCUAAAACCUCGUAAAAAGAAACAAGAACAAUCGAAUCCUAUAUGGGAGGACCGAAAUAUAAAUGUUUCUGUUGGCAAUAGUGGUAAAGAUGGUGAAAGUAACAAUAGUGGCCAAAAAAAUAGAAGAAAUUCUAAUGCUAAAGGUAAACAGAACUGUAGACAUGAUUAUGGAAAUAAAAGUUCACCUAAGUCUUCAAAUGACAACGAUGGCUUUGAAAAUCAUUUUUCUGCAGCUGACUCUGAAAGUUACAAUUCUAACAAAUCGGACAGUAAAGAUUCGAGUCAUUUAUUUAACAGCAAACCAAAGUAUAAUUCUAAUAAUUUAGACAUGAAUUAUUUAAAGAAAAAAUGGAACUCUAACGUUAAUAAUCAGACAAGACCAAACAAUUCAAGAAACUCACAAGGCAAUUCUACUGAUGCAAUGACACAGGAAACCAAUCUAGAAGAAAUGCCUGAUCUUGAAUUAGUAAAAUCUAAGGAUUCAACGAGGCCAAUACUGGAUGCGCAGGAAGUUGUUGUCGGAAACAUCCCAUGCAAUUAUGGGUCUGCUUAUAUUUUGCAUUUGUUUGACAAUUUUGAGCCACUUGCAGUCAGUAACGUAGUAAUUGAACCAAAAACAAACAUUCGGUACUGUUUUGUGUAUUUCAAGUCACCUGAAGACUCCACUAGAGUAGAAUCACGUUUUGAUCGAUUAGAUAUUGAGGGAAAGAAGGAUGCUCAUCAGCGAUCUAUUCUGUAG